CCCAAAUUACCCUCCUGAAGCCCAUUUACUUAUAGCGAGCUAUAUUGUGACCUCUGAUUCUCAGGCAGUCAUCCUGCUUAGUGAGCUGACUAUCCCCGCUACAAACAUCGUGAUCACGACUUGUGAGCCUGAGUGAGGAAAUCCAGAAGACCAAUGACGAUGGUCUUCACAGCGGUCUUCCGUCCGACGCCACUCAUCGCGCAAGCUCGCAUCUCCCAACUGCUCCGUCACUUUUCCUCGACAUCCUUGAGGCCUUCAUCGACAUCGUCGCACACGAAUACUUUCAGAAUGACAUACCCUUCGACUAUCAAGGCGGUCGGGAUCAACAAGACGGGCGAUGUGGAUGUGAUUGAGGAUCUGACAUUGCCGUUCCCUGAACAGAAGCCCGGCGAACUGCUGGUCAAGGUGCAAUAUGCCGGAGUCAACUUCAUCGACACUUAUAUGAGACGGGGCAUAUACCCACCCGCUUUCUUCCCACUUCCCAUCGCCAAAGAAGUGAGCGGAGUGAUUGCGGAACUGCCCACGGACCCUGCAGUACUGAACAAUGAGGACUACAAGAAGAAAGGGUUCAAGAAGGGUGGUAAGGUCGCAGUGGACGCGAAUGGUGGCUUGAAAGAAUACGUCUCUGUCCCAUGGGACUUUACAUACCCUCUCCCCUCCGACAUCUCUACUCGGGUGGCCGCCGCAGGGUUCUUGCAAGGCCUGACGACUCUCGGCCUGAUGACAGAUUCCUACAACGUACAGAAGGGAGACGUGGUCUUGAUACACACCGUCGCAGGAGGUGUAGGCCUCCUGAUGGCUCAGGUCGCGAAGGCUCGUGGCGCUACAGUGAUCGGGACGACUUCUACGCCCGAGAAGGCAGAGCUUGCGAAAGCUCAUGGGGCUGACCAUGUCAUCCUAUACAAGACUGAGGAUACGGUCAAGCGCGUAUUGGAGCUUACGAAUGGGUUGGGACCCCAUGUCAUCUACGACGGAGUUGGGAAAGAUACCUUUGCGGGCGAUUUGGAGAUGAUCAGACGGAAGGGCACCCUCGUGUCGUUCGGGAAUGCAUCUGGGGUGGUGGACCCUGUCCCGCUUUUCAAACUGACAGCGAAGAACAUUAAAUUAUUGCGCCCGACCGUUACGCACUACUUGACAACACUCGAGGAACGUGAAUUCUAUGGUUCACAGUUGUUCGACUUGAUUUCCAAGGGUGACUUGAAGAUCAACAUCUUCGCCGACUAUCCAUUCACCGCGGAGGGAGUCCGACAGGCGCACACGGACUUGACUGGAGGAAAGACGACAGGAAAGGUGCUGAUCAAGGUGGCGGACGAGUGACCACAUGCGUUUAUGUGAUGCGAAGCGUGUAUCCAGUAGCAUAGCAUAAAGAGUGAUCUGUACGAGUUGA